UGUUUCUAUAAAAUCAUCCAAUUUUCCCACUCCUUAGUUACACUAUUAAUUACACCUUAUAAUUAACACGUUUUAUAUCAAAGAAUUCUAACACGAUUACCAUGAUUGAGUGGCUAGUUUUGAGGUGAAGAGUGAGUUUUUUUACAAGGGAAACUGCCAUGAAGAGUGUUUGCUUUAACGUAUUCAAUUUUUACUUGUUAAUUUUGUUCAUAGUAGUUUCUCUUAGAUCAACUUCAGCUUUAUCUGCAAGUGGGUCUAGAAGAGAUAGUACUACUGCGAAGUUUAUUCUAGGGGAAGCGAAUUUAGGUCCCUGGAAGAAUAAGAUCACACAAGAGGCUCUAGCACCAGCUCCUGAAACGGAUGCUCCUUCAGGUACCCUUGUGCUGGCCGCAAACAGGACGGAUAGGCCGGACAUUCUACGACGAUUUCGUCGCUACCGAGGUGGCUGGGACAUUGCAAAUCGCCAUUAUUGGGCUUCAGUUGGUUUCACUGGUGCAGCUGGUUUCAUACUUGCUGCUCUGUGGUUUAUUUCAUUUGGCCUCGCACUCUUGAUUCAUGUAUGCUGUGGAUGGGGCAUUAACAUCAAGGAUGAAGGAUCACACCGUUCGCAACGAAUUUGUCUUAUUUUGAUCUUGUUAUUCACCUGCGCCGCUGCGGUUGGAUGUAUCCUUCUAACUGUAGGGCAGGACAAGUUCCACGACGAGGCCUUGGAUACGCUCCAUUACGUCGUGAAUCAAUCAGACUAUACGGUGCAGACUCUGAGGAACGUGACGGAGUAUCUGAAGCUUGCGAAAUCAAUCAAAGUAGCACAGAUAUUUCUCCCAUCUGAUAUCAUGGCAGAUAUUGAUAAUUUGAACCUUGAUCUCAAUGCUGCAGCAAAUACACUGUCGGAGAAGACACACGAUAACUCUGUUAAAAUACGUAAAGUCUUUAAUGAUGUGCGUCUAGCUUUGAUUCUCAUGGCAACACUGAUGCUUCUUCUCGCUCUAGUUGGACUGGUUCUUUCUAUUCUUGGACAUCAACAUGCGAUCCUCAUAUUUGUCAUUAGCGGAUGGUUACUCGUUGCUACUACAUUCAUUCUUUGUGGAGUUUUCAUGAUUCUUAACAAUGCAAUUUGUGAUACGUGUAUGGCAAUGGGAGAAUGGGUAGAGAAUCCACACGCAGAAUCUGCACUAAGCAAUAUCCUUCCUUGCGUUGAUCAGAGAACCACAAACAGGACACUAUUUCAGAGUAAACAAGUGGUGACCAACAUUGUAAGUGUUGUGAACCGUUUCAUUUAUAGCACCGCAGAUUCAAAUCCCACACCGGGUAGCAUCAACUAUUACAAUCAAUCUGGACCAGAAAUGCCACCUUUGUGCUAUCCAUUUGACUCUCAGUUUAAAGAACGCCAAUGUACAGCCCAAGAAGUUUCCGCUUCCAAUGCUUCAUUGGUUUGGAAGAAAUACAAAUGCAAGAUAUCCGAAAAUGGUAUUUGCAACAGUGUUGGAAGGGUGACUCCAGAGAUUUACUCGGAGUUAGUAGGCGCAGUUAUUGAAAGCUUUGCACUAGAACACUACACUCCCAUUUUACUUAGCCUUCAGAAUUGCAAUUUCGUGAGGAACACGUUCAAAGAAAUCACUACUAGUUACUGUCCUCCAUUAAACCACUAUCUUAAGGUUAUCAAUGUUGGUCUUGGCCUCAUUUCGGUUGGUGUCUUGCUCUGUCUCAUUCUCUGGAUUCUCUAUGCAAACCGCCCCCAGCAACGGGAGGAAGUGUUUGUUAAUAAGCUGUCGUUAGCUCAAAAACUAAAGAAAAGAUUUAACAAGAACCGCAACAUCACAAAUGGUGCUAGAGAGGUAGUGUAGUUUGUAGUUAGUUUUACACUAGAAGAUUAUUUGAAACCAAGGAACUUUUACCGUACCCCAUAAUAGGGGGUGAAACCAAGAUGAAGCGAAGUUGCAUCUUGAGUUAUAUUAAGAUCAUAGCCACUUAGUCAAACAUAAUGUACUAAGCGAAAAAAGAAGGAAAACAAUUGAUUUCUAGAUUACCUAAUAAUUUCACCUAAAUUUACCUCUGGUCCCAAUUGUAGAGGUAUGAAGAAAUUGAUUUUACCUACGUAAUCUUAAUAUUUUAUGUAUAAGAGAUUUGGUGUAAUUACAUUCAUCUCUUCUCUAGUUGAUAUUUUGACGAGUAUACAACAAUAUUUCUCA